AUGGAGAAAAGCCAAGACAGAUUGGCUGAAGCAGAAAGAAAAGGGAAGCACCCUGCAAGUAAUCAGGCCUGGCAAGAGGUAUCUGUCCCUCUUCUGGCAGCUCAUGGAGUGGAAAAGAUGAGGGAGAGAGGGAGAUGUGUUAGAAAGAGAGUGAGAAGCGGUGUCAGAAAGAAGGGAUGGGAGAGUAGGAGAAAGGGAAAUGGGGGAGAAAGGGAAGCCAGUUUGCAUCCCCCAAAAAAUGUAUAUAAAAGUGUAUACAUCAGGAAGAAGUGUGCAUAUAAAUGCAUAUAGUAGUGGAAAUAACACAAAAAUGUAUUAGAAAAAGAAUUCCUCAUAUAAAUUUGUGCAGUGGUCAAAAUUGCAUACAAAAAUGUUCAUAUUAAGAGCAACGUGUACUAAGAUGCUGGUUUAUUUUCAUGAAGAGUUUUACCAAAUGCAAACUGAUGCAGAAAUGCGGAGAAUGGAACUUAAGGCUGAGAAAGUGAGAAACUUAGGAGAAGUCCAAAUUUACAGAUUCAUCCAUCCCUGUUAAAAAAACUGAAUUAUCACAAGCUAAUUGCCCUACAUAACAGUGUAGCCUUUUCUGGCAGUACCCAAGGUAGAUGAGUCAGCAACUGGGAUUGGUUAUAUAAAUCGGAACAUCAAUCAGAAAAUAAUUUAUUGGUGAUAUUGGAGUGAGGAUGUGCCAAUGAUGCCUGCUUGUUUAUUAGUUUGUAGAGAUAAUAUAUAUAGGUAGGCAUGAGAUCAGAUGAAUUCAUGGAAACUGGCUCAUAAUUUCUCAUAAUAUGAGAAAUAUCUCACAGAAAAUUUCCCUUAACAGUGUAUGCAGUGUUCUGCAGAAAUAGUAAAUCUGGAUUAAAUCAUGGUGGGGUGAUACAGGAUGUCAUUUGAGGAUAAUGUCUUAUGUGGAUGUGGCACCAAACUUUCACACAUGCACAGCACUAAGCCCACAAUAGCCUGAUGUGCAGAAGCAACCAGCAUCUAAGCAUGACUUGUCUCACAUUCAUCUUCUACAUGGUAAUGCAGCAUGGGCUAAGCUGGCACCCUUCAGAUGUUACUAGACUGAAAUUCCAUUAGCCCCAGCCAGCGCUCUAUGACUAUUAGCACCCAUAGACUAUUGUUUUCAAUAUCUAAUCUGCUAGUUUCCAGAGCACACUGAUGAAGUCAACAAUAUCUAAUCUUCUGGGGCACCCAACCUAGGGAUCAGGAGUAUGUAUUCCCGUUGUUCAUUGGGUGGAGGUGCUGUAUGUGUUUUGUAAGGCACCCUCCCUAGCAGAUAAGAAACUGGGAACUCAGCUACCGUAAAGCCUUGCCUCAGCCUUGCUCAGCAUGGUGUCUGCUAGAUGCUUUUGAUUACAACACCCAUUAGCCUCAGCAGGGGGAACCUGUGGCCUGCAACUCCCAUCAUCCCCAGCCAUUUGUCAUGUUGGCUAGGCCUGAUGGGAGUUGUAGUGCAAAACAUCUGGAAGGUGCCAGGUCGGAGAAGGAUGCUCAAGUAACAGAGCUGGGAAGCAUUUCCCGCCUCUUGCCCGAGACUCCUGCUAAGCCAUUUAGAGUAUUGACUAAGGGAUAUGGCAGCCUUGAACCUGUAGUUUCUGUGAAGGAGUUUCUCCCAUCUUCAUUUUUCUUUUCAUUUGGCUUGCAUGGGUAAGGAAAACAAAAGCACUUUCAUCAUUCUUCCAGCUUGCAAAAGAGUUUCACAUCUCCUUGCCCACUAGGUGCUAAAUUAUAAGGCGUGCAAGUGCUAAUGUGCAAUUUUCAGGGAUUGGCAAUAAAUGCAGAUGUCUUACCCACAGCCUGCCAGCUGAGCCACCACAAAGUGAAAGGCGUGCACUCCGCCUAAUUUAGGUUUUACAAGGCACAGUGGUCUGGAGGCAACAGCUAGGGAAAUAGAAAAUACACAUCACAGGUGCCGGUUUGACCACUCAUUUGCUCUGUGGCUUGGGAAGACAAGUUGUUUAAAGCACUAUGUCCAAAUUAGAGCAAGUGGUAAAGGCUUCUACUUCUAUACUUAGCUCUCUCUCUCUGAUCUAGUUUUAAAGUAUGUUGAGCACAAAGGCUUUACUUUAAAUUGAAAAAUUGCAAGCACUAACAGGCCUAGGCAUGAAAUCACUAUGUUGCCUCUCCUUGCCUUGAGGUCUGCAUCUGUAAAAUGGGCAUAGGGACAACUCCAUUUGUUCUGUACAAUUCAUUAAAAAUAAGCUGUUGGGUAAAUUUCAAUUAUUAAAUUAGAUUACGAUUUAUUUAACAGAUUUUUAUCCUGACUUUCUUCCAAAAAACUCAGGUGCAGAUACAAGGUUCCUCCCACUCCUAGUGUUAUCCUUACAACAACCCUGUGAGGUGGGUUAGGAUGAGAGAUAGUAAGUGGCCUGAGAUUGCCCAGUGAACUUCAUGGCUGAGCAAAGAAUCUAUUUUAUAUUUCAUCUUUCAUAUACAAGAAUCCUCCAGCAGUUCAUUCAACAGUUUAACCCCAAUUUGUGGGCUUGUGAACAUUUGUUAGAGAGGGGUGAGUCAGGAAACCAUUCCACCAGCACCCCCCACCCAAAGGGUUGUAGUCACCACACUGUGGGAAUGAAGUAGAACUAAGUUGGCUGAAGGAUGUUCAAUAUGCAAAGUUCUUGGCAGCCACACAAUGCUCUGGACAAGCUGGCAAGCACUUUGACACUGUGGUGGUCCAACAUGGUACAAUUUGUACCACCAAAUAGAUAAGUGGCUCAGGAAAGAGGAAAAAAUGCUUCUCUGCAUCUGGGCUGCUUUCAGAGGGAGCUAUUUCCAGGUGGGAUUCAAUAAAGUACAGUCAAAUUGAGGGUGUGCAAUUAAAGAUGACCUGGCACUGUUGCACGACCUACCUGCUCCCCUUCACAUGUCAAAAGAACAAUUUGAGGAUGAAAAGGAGAGUGCAAAAUAACAAUUGCUUGGCACAACAUCAGGGGCUUCCUUGCCUGUUUAUUGAGCAUUAACUAUGAUUUGUUUGCAGAGUGUUUAGACGACGUUGCAUCAAGCAAAGGUUGUUCCCCACUUUCCCGCGCACUUUGCCAUCACUUUCUUUAUGCUAACAGUCGGCAGGGCCGGGAAAUGGGGUAUGUCUGUUGCGCAAGAUUGUCCAAUUGCGCACUUAGCACUCGCUGACAAUCUGGAAGCACUGGAUGUCCUCCAAACUUUGGGUAAACAAAUCACGAUGAUGCUCAAUUGAAAGGUCUUCUGGAAGGGACCACGGUGACAACAGCUUUUUAACCCCCCCCCCCAGGAAAUCCAAAUUAUAUGGGGGGAGCCAUUUUGUUGCCGGGAAACUUUUGCACGCAUCACCAAGACAAUCCGCCGCCGCCCCCAGCCGCUCUCCGCAAGCACCCACCGCUUUGGAGGAUGGCCGCACCCCUCCCACCUGGGCUGCACACGGCCGUGAGAACCCUCCAGUGCGCAAAGCGAGGCGUGUCCGCGCCCGCCAGCCCACUGAUCAUCCCGCAUCGCUCCGCCACGCAGGCGAGCGCCCGACCAGCCGGUUUGUCGGCGGGGGGCGGAGCCGCAGGGAGAGCGCCGUGCGCACGGGACGCGGGCAGAGGCGGAGCCCGGUCGCUUUGCACGCGGUGCCGGCGGGAAAUAAAAAGCGGGGCGGACGGCACUGCGGAGCUCAGCUGCUAACCGAUCAACCGGACGUCGUCUUAGCUGCUGGAGAGAUCGAGCCCAGGAGAAAUGGAUUCUCAAGACUGUCCCUGUUCUAGUGGUGAGGAAACCUUCCUUCCUCUUUCUAUUCAUUCCGCUUGCUCAUCCUUCUCUCCUUACAUCUGGAUCUCACCCGCUUUCCCUUCCGAUCUACCUCUCUCCCUCUUUCCCCUGCUUCUGCUGCUUGGCAAGGCGCUGCUUCGGGCCACGUGGAGCGCUCUGUUUUUGACUUGGAUUCUCUGCGUCCCUAUCAACGAGGGACGCUCUUUCCUCUUUCUGACUCGAGGGCGAAUCAGGCCGGUUGUGUUACAGGCGAGGGGAGGAGACUGACCUAAGAUGAUGUCCGCUGUUGCCAGGAUGAGUUUGGGUCAGCCUUGUCUACCACCCUCACACACACGUCGCUUGGACUACAACUCCCAUCAGCCGCCGAUGGGGGUUGUAAGUCCAAAGCAUCUGGAAGGGCAUUAGAGAGAGGGUACCAACGUGGCGGCGGGGGAGUAUGUCUUUUCCCUGCCGCCACCUCCUCCUCCUUUUAUUAUUAUUUAUUAUUUAUUGAAUUUAUAUACCGCCCUAUACCGGAGGUCUUUUGUUUCUUCCUUUCUGCUAUAUCUCCACUCUGUGCUACAAUAAAAUCGUUGUCAAGUGUUCAAGUUUCUGGAGGAAUAUUUAAGUCCUAUAGAACGCUUUAUUGCCCUUUUUCGAUGUGUAUAUUAGGGGGAAGGAGAAAAUUAAUUGCUUCCUAAAUUCUUCUAGGCUUCUGAAGGCUUCUUUGCUAAGUGUCAAUGUAAAUGUGCGCAGGAGAUGCUAAGUUUGUAAUUGUAAUGGGAUUCCACCCUUCCUCUUUUAGGUGGUUCAUGCACCUGUGGCAACAACUGUCAGUGCAAAAACUGCAAGUGCAAGUCAUGCAGAAAGAGUGAGUAUGAACAGUUCCUUCCUUUCCUAUGUAUUUUGUUCCUGGGAGCAACCCUUUUCUUUUCCCUUUUUUAGCACUGGAAUGGCAAAAACCACAAUCGGAUGCAGCAUAUGGGAAAAUUACUGUAUUUACUUGAAUCUAAUGGUCACCUUUUUUGGCCAAAUUACAUUGUGAAAAAUAAGGUGUGCAUUCGAUUCGAUGGUACAUUUACAUUUGUCAGCAAAUACUUUUUUUGGUUUCAAGGUUCUGAAAACUGAGGUGCGCGUUAGAUCCAAUGGCGCAUUAGACUCGAGUAGAUACAGUACUUGGGACAAGAGUAGGUAGGAUGGGACUGGCCCUAACUUGCAUGCUGUAUUAGAGAGCGAAUUUUGUGGGCAUAACCCUGCAUGUCUGACAUUCAGCAAGUUGUUACCAAGUGUGCAUGAAGCACUGGUUGGCUAGUGUAACUGCGACUUCAUGUAUGGUAGCCAUGGGUCAGUUUGCAGGUUUUAUUUUUAUUUAUUGUGCAAUAAUUAUUGUAUAGUGCUUAAUAAGAACUCAAGUGGUUUACAUAAAAUAGCAUGAAUCUAUUUAAAAGCAGCAAUUAAAAACAGAAGAUUUAAGGUAAAGUUAUCUAACUAUAAAUAUAGAUAACAUGAGUUUUUAUUAUGUACAUUUAAAAAAAUAUUAUUUGUACUUGAAGUCCACCUGGACUGAAGGGUUCCAGGGCAGGGUAGAAAAAUAUCACAGCUGAAAAUGGGUACAAAAGUAUCAUUAAAACCAUACAAUAAAACCCCAGAGUUGAUUUUUAGUGACUUGGAGUAGAAUUUCCACCAGAAAAAAGAGCCAGAUGUAGCAGCUGAGACUAUGCAAUAGCCCUGGGAGCAAAUGUGAAGGAUGCUCACUUCAGAAAGGGCACCUUAGCUCUUUGGAUCCAACCCUGUUCUAUUUUCACCACCAUUUCCAGGGCUCCUUAGAAUGACCUUGUUUUUCAGUAACAGACUCGCAUUACAGCCACAAAUCCGAAAAUUCUAGCAUCCUUUUCCUGCUUGUAUUGCUCCAUGCAAGAGCAUAUCUUUUUCAUGGAACAUAAAGCAGAGAACAUCAUUCAGUUGCUCCCUGUUGAAAUGGCAUUGCAAACUGUUUGGAGUGAAAUGGUUGGCUGCUUAUGCUAGUGUGGUUAAAGCAUGUGCACAUAUAUCCUAAUUGCUGUCCUCAUCCAUCUCUUAUAUUCUGAUCCCAGCAACAUUGUUGUCCGCUGGGUCCACUCCCCAGCUCCGCUAAGAGAUCCUCAUUGGCUGAAACCACAAAGGUAAAUUUUCAUUUCUGUUUCUAGGUUGCUGUACCUGUUGUCCAGUGGGCUGCAGCAAGUGUGCCCAGGGAUGUAUCUGCAAAGGUCCCCCUUCCACCAAAUGCAGCUGCUGCAAGUGAAUCUUCUCUGGCUCUCCAAGCACUGAUCUGUAUAUUUGAUUGCCAGCAGGAAUGUAACCUUAUUGUCCAUUUAUAUAUUUGCCUGUGCAUUUUUGUAGCCUUUAGAUGUGAAAAUAAGCUAUGUGGGAAGUAACACAAGCUAUGUGGAAAAUAAUAAAAGCUGUAUGUAUAUAAGAAA